UACUACAGAUACGGCAUACGGCAAUGAAACUUUCGCUGUUCUAUUUCCUUUUAACCUCAAAUUACCUAAGGCUCGUAAAGAGAAAAGGAAAAUAAACCGUAGUGCUGAUUGCGUGUCGAAAAUAGUUUACAUACACACGCACGGUGUGUGCAGUGUUGAUUGUGUUUUCAGGGUGGCUGUCAAAAUUUCGCGAAACACUCGCGUUUUAAAUACGAACCCCCGUAAAAAUUUCGAAAGAAUGUUGUUUAAAUUGAAAGGGUGCGAUCGGGAAAAUGUUUUUAGUGCGUUUAACGCGUUAUCUUAAUUUAUGUGUAUGAGACGAAUUCGCCUAAUUUAUCAUUGGAUACCGUACCUUUCGUAAAUUUAAUUAAACAAUUGCAGAAUCAUGUUUAACUUCAUCAAAAAGGCAGGUACUGGCGUAACACAAGAUAAAGAAGACAGAGAAAGAAGAAAAAAAGACAAGAAAGAGAGAAAAGAGAAACAGAAAAGAGACCGCACGAGUAUUCUGACCGAUGAACUGCUACGUCCCGAAGAGGUGAGGAGGUCCUUAAAAAUACGCGGGCGCCGCAAAGAGAAAGAGAAGCUGCCGCUCGGAAUCACAGCCGAUUACACUGCCGACUUCCUCGCGAGCUUCGACCGAGUCGACAGGGCCUCGAUAACCUUGACGACGUCACAAUACACGCUCACGCAUCUGCAGGACGGUUUCACGCAGUCGGAUAGUUCGGAAGCCAGCCUAAAUUCGCUGACAAAUUUGCAAAAUCAGAAGGUGGCGCCGCCGGUGCCUCCGAAACCGCCCAAGCGAGGCAUACUGAAGGGACCCAAGGUCAGCGUAACGCAAGAGAACGGUGAACAGAACGGCACCGAUCACCUGAACCUAGUACGAAAUACGCUUCAAAACGAAGUGAUAGGCUACCAAAAUCUACCUCCCCAAAACGGAUUUACCAAAGACAAGUGCCUACUCUCGACGAACCUAGGCAACAAUUUACUGGUCAUAACCUCGGCGUCGGCGAGCGCCGACUCGCUGACCGACACGACGAACUCGUCCUUUGCGACGCCGCCGUUCUCGCUGAGUCCGGUCGGCGAGUCGCAGGGUUUCCAUCGGUGGUCGCGCACGGCGAACUUCGACGACUACAACCUGCCGUUGCCGCCGGUGAUACCGCUCGUCCUGCCCAAACCGCGAACGCUGACGAUACAGAGACAGAAGGCGCCGCGGAACGAUUUCGGUUUUUCGUUGCGACGCGCCAUGGUACUCGAACGUAGUGAUAGUAACAAUAGUGGCGUGAACAUGCGGGCGGUCGUUUUCGCGGAGCCGGGCACGAUAGUGCAGCAUAACAACGAGACCGGACUGCUGCCCGGCGAUAAGCUGCUCGAGGUUAACGGUAUACGGGUCGAGGAGAAGACGCGAGAGGAAAUUAUAGAUCUUAUCAAGAGAUCCAAGGAUUCAGUCACUGUUAAGGUGCAGCCCGUCGCCGAAUUAAGCGAGCUUAGCAGACGAUCGGGAUGCGACGGUCGCGAAAUUAUACUGGACGACGCGAACAUCCGGAGCGGCACGCUGCGACGCUCGGGCAGCCAAAGAUUCAACAAGACGACGACGGUAAGUGGUUUCCCUGAGAAACUCUCGGACAAUGCGAGAGCAUUUUUAAUCUGGCGCGGAAGUGCGGUGCGUACGUAGUACUUCCGGUUACGC